AUGCCCGUCCCACAGAGACUGAAUCCCAGCCAGGAGAGCCUCCAGCAAUUCUAUGUUGGCAAGGAUAUUCAUAACGUGCCUACGCCUGCUCUGGUGCUUGAUCGAGCCAAGAUGCGUCGUCACUGCGAGUCGCUAUCAGCGGCGACUGAAGCUCUAGGCGUUGAUUUCCGGGCGCAUGUGAAGACACACAAGACGGUCGAAGGCACCAGGCUCCAGGUUGGACAGGCAAAGCUUGUGAAGCUAGUCGCUUCGACAAUCGCCGAGAUUGAACAUCUACUGCCCCUCCUUCAAGAGUACCAGCAACAGGGACGACAGGUCAAUAUUUUGUACGGAAUCCCUUUGCCCCAGUCUCAGAUCAGCCGCUUGGCAGCGAUUGGGCUGCAGCUGGGGCCAAAGAGUCUUUCCGUCCUGGUAGAUCACGCCGAUCAGCUCAAGUUCGUGUCUCGAUUCCAUGACGAGGCCAACUUCCCCGCCGGCGUGUACGUCAAGGUCGACACCGGCUACCACCGCGCAGGGCUCCCUCCCUGGGGAUUGAACAAGGACAGCCUUCUUUCGGAUCUUGUCACCCUGGACGCGAAGGGCAUAGUUGAUUUUGUCGGGCUCUACUCUCAUAGCAGCCUCAGCUACAACGAUUCGACUCCUGCUCAGGCCAUGGCAAAUCUGGAGGCGGAGAUUACUGGUUGCAUGGACGCCAUGGCGACGAACCAUGGACUCUUCCCCGAAAACAAAUCACUCGUCAUCAGUGUGGGCGCCUCCCCUCAAGUUUCAGCUGUUGAAAACCUCCUUGAUGAGGAUAGCGAGUUGUCGCCGGCUGCGCAGUCACUCCGCGCCGUCAUGCAAUUUGUGGCUGGUGGAACUCAACACGGUAUUCGGACCAGCCUAGAAUUGCACGCUGGCGUAUACUCUAUCCUCGAUGUGCAGCAACUGUCGACUAGGUGCAGGGCAAAGCUCGGUGACUAUGAAGACGAAAUCGCCAUAUCCGUCGUGUCCGAGGUGUGCAGUGUGUACAACAACGGCGAGCGGGAGCAACCAGAGGUACUCGUCGCUGCUGGCGUUCUUGCCCUUGGGAGGGAGCCAUGUGCAGCGUACAAAGGAUGGGGUGUGGUCGAUCGCUCGACCUUCCCGCCAAAGGCCAAUGCCAACCGUCAACUCAUUGUUAGCCGGGUUAGCCAAGAACAUUCGAUCCUUGCGUGGGAUAGCAGUUCCAAUGAUGCAAGUGGCGGCCAAAUCCCCCUCACAGUUGGCCAGAGCAUUCGCAUCUACCCUAACCACGCCUGCAUCACAGUCCAUACCGGCCACGACACGAAGGAGGAGGUGGAUCCAAGAUUCAACUUCAACGUAGCACCCACGAAUCUCCUCUGGGUGUUCGACGGAUAA